AUGCCACGAAACCGCCAGACGGGCGAACUCGUAGCCCUCAAGGAGAUCCACCUCGACUCGGAGGAAGGCACGCCCUCGACGGCUAUCCGCGAGAUUUCCCUCAUGAAGGAACUACGCCACGAGAACAUCGUCCUGCUGCACGACGUCAUACAUACCGAGAACAAGCUCAUGCUCGUCUUUGAAUUCAUGGAUAAGGACCUCAAGCGAUACAUGGACUCGCGCGGCGACCGCGGUGCUCUGGACCCCGCCACCAUCAAGUCCUUCAUGUACCAGCUGCUCAAGGGAAUCGCCUUCUGCCACGAAGCCCGCGUCCUCCACCGCGACCUGAAGCCCCAGAACCUCCUGAUCAACAACCGUGGCCAGUUGAAGCUGGCCGAUUUCGGUCUCGCUCGCGCCUUCGGCAUCCCAGUCAACACCUUCUCCAACGAAGUCGUAACCCUGUGGUACCGCGCCCCCGAUGUGCUGCUCGGCAGCCGGACCUACAACACCAGCAUCGAUAUAUGGUCAGCAGGCUGCAUCAUGGCCGAGAUGUACACGGGGCGGCCGCUGUUCCCCGGAACCACCAACGAAGACCAAGUGCAGAAGAUCUUCAGGCUGAUGGGCACACCGUCUGAACGAUCAUGGCCAGGCAUCUCGCAGCUGCCAGAGUACAAGAACAACUUCCCCGUAUACCACACCCAGGACCUGCGCCUUAUAUUGCCGCAAGUCGACCAGGUGGGGCUUAGUCUACUCAACUGCAUGCUGCAGCUGCGGCCAGAGAUGCGCAUAUCUGCUGCUAACGCGCUGUCACAUCCAUGGUUCAACGAUCUCCCACAACGGCAGCAGGAGAUGCAGAUGCAGGCUCAAGCACAGGCACAUGCGCAGGCCCAACAAGCGCAGAUGGGCGGCUACCAGGUGCCUCAAAACGCAUACUAG